GGACGAAGAAGAAGCCGGAAGCCGGAUGCCUUCUGCUGGUUGUUUUGUAACAGCCAUGGACUGCAUUUCACAUUGAGCGAAACGGCAGCGGUCUGCAGUAAUUUCAUUCAUUUCCAUGUGAUGGUCGUUAUUUGAAGGACUAUGGAGCCGUCAGGGUCCGAGGGGGUGGGUGCCGCUGGGCCUGGUUUGGAACAGAGUCCCAAGCCCCAGCUGUCUGCAGCGAUUCGGGCUAAAAUCGAGAGGAACCGGCAGCGCGCGUUGAUGCUCCGGCAAGCCCGACUAGCGAGCCGCCCUUUGUCCGCCGUUGAGGGCGCAACCUCGGCCAAAGUCUGCAAAACCAUCGACUCCGGCGCGGGCUUCUUUAUCGAGGAGGAGGGGGACGGAAAGGAAGAGCAGGUCAAGAAGGUGGUGCAUCAGCUAGCUCCAGUCAUUGAACCAGAAUACCUGGUGUGCGAUGACUGCCAGAAGCCCUUUAUGGACUCCUACCUCAGCAACAGCUUUGACCUGGCGGUUUGUGACCAGUGCAGAGACAACGAGGAGAAGCACAAGCUCAUCUCCAGAACUGAGGCCAAGAAGCGUUACCUCCUGAAGGACUGCGACCUGGACAAGCGAGAACCUCCACUCAGGUUUAUACUGAAGAAAAAUCCUCACAACGCACGCUGGGGGGACAUGAAGCUCUACCUCAAACUACAGGUGGAGAAGAGAUGUAUGGAGGUGUGGAGAUCAGAGGAGGCUUUGGAGGAAGCCAGGGAGACAAGAGAAGAGAACAGAGAGGUGCAGAAGCAGAAGCGCUUCAACAAGAAAGUCAAAGAGCUGCGCCGGGCGGUGAGGAGCAGCGUGUGGACCAAAGACACCAGCAUUCACCAGCAUCAGUAUGGACCAGAGGAGGUGGUGGAUCCAGAGGAGGACCUCUACAAGAAAACCUGCACCACCUGUGGACAUGAACUGUCCUACGAGAAAAUGUAGAUGAGUGCACACUCACUGACAGUUACAGACUGAUCCUACUAGGAGAAGAUGUUUGGUGGUUCACAAACCCACUCCCCUUCCAGUAGUUUUCUUUUCCUGCUAUUUAUUUCUUCUAGCGCAUUAAGAAGAGCCAUUUUGUUCAGGUCACAUAGGGGCCAACCCAUCUUCAUGUGUCAUACUUACUGUGUAAUUUCUAUUUCAAACGCCGGGUACUGACCACAGCGUUUUUAAACACUGACUCAGAAUUAGUGUAUAUUUUAGCAAUAACUUUCUGGUUCUUUCCCUCUUACAUUGGGCAACUCCAGGAAGGUGCAAUAUUGAAACACUUGCUGUCUUGCGUAAAGCUGUGAACUGUGGGGCCCACUUGAACAGAUCUUAGCGCUAAGAAAAAAAAACAAAACAUGAAUUUUGUUGAGGGGUGUCAGGUCUAGAUCCUAAAGCUCAAUUUUCAUCACCUUUUGUGGCCUUAUUCACCUCAGCUGCAUUAGGUUAUGAGUCCCGUCACUGUGGCCUAAUGCACGGGGAAUUCUGGCAGUACAGCAGAUUAAAUUUCACAGUCAUUGUCCAGAAAACAUGAUGAUAAAAGACAGGUGAGGGGGUCUGCUCAGAAAUUAGCUUGUUUUUCAUAAGUGACUAUAAUGAGAUUGAAAAUAACAUUGUAAAAUAAAUGGAGAUAUCUGAAAAUGCUAUGUCACAUUAAAGUUGAGAUAAUUUAGCUUGAUUUUUUUUUUUUAUAAAAACAAACUGAAGUGUUAGCAGAAAAUUAAGGUAGCAAUACAAACUGACUUUUUUUUUUGUUAUAUUGAGACUGGAAGGUAUUUUAUAGGUUGCAAUCACAAAGCUCACAUCAAGGAUUCGCUAUUGUCCUAUUUGCCUGGCAUUGAUACGUCGCAGUAACGAAAUACUGAAAUACUCAGCCAUUUUGGUAGUCCUGCAAUUUGCACCGCUCCCAGAGUGUGUUACAGGUGUUAGGUGACGUCCCCAGCGUGCAUUGCCCUCUAGUCCCCUUUUGUAGAUGCAUUCCUAAAAUCAUCCUGGACAUGUUUGCAUUUCUAGAUUUUUGUACAGGUAGAAACCAGGGAUAUUCUACUCUGAUGCUAUGCCUAUGCUUAUUUAUGGAGUGACUUGUGUAUUAAAUGGAUUUGAGUAGGUCCCUGAGAUAUCAAAGUUUUCUCUCGUAGAGUUUUAGUAUAAUCUAGUUGUACGUAGUCAUAGGCCAUGAAGAGAAAGUAGCUAGUAUCAGUUGGCUUUUCAGUAAAUGUGCCUACAGUGUCAAAAACAGAUUGUUUCUCAGACUUAGCAUUAUUUUCCUCUAACUUUGCUACUUUCCUGUUAGAGGAAUUCACAGGCCGACUGACUCGUGGUUUUAAAGAACAAAGGGGCAUGAGCAAAUAAACACAAAUACAUGUAACUUACAA